GGUGCCAAAGGAGAUGGGCACUAUCCUUGGAGCUGUCCAGUGACCCCCACGCGGGAGAAGAUCUACGCCAUCUGCUUGGACUAUGCGUUUCUCAACCAGGCCACCUCAAUCUCCAAGACCCCCAACUCCAGCCACUCUUCCUGCCUCCCAGAAAGUACCUCGCUUUCAACUGCAAAGAAUGCGACCCGCUACCUGGGCCUGGCCACGGCGCCGGCAGAGAUCAUUCACAAUGAAGAGAACAGCCUGGAAACCGUAUCCAGCAGCUUGGGCAAGCUACCUCUGGCGUGGGAGAUUGAUAAAUCGGAAUUUGAUGCUGUGACCACAAAUCUGAAACAUAAAUCAGGUAAUGCCAAGAAACAGAUUUCCAAGAAAAAGACCUCAGAUAAGAAGGGAAGACACCCAGGGACUGGCCCCAGCACUCUCCUGUGGAAGAUAUUAAGCAUCGGAAAGUUUUUGACCUCAGGUGAUGGUAUAGCAUAAGUCGGCCACAGUAUAAGACAUCUUGUGGCAUUUCCUGACUGAUCUGCUGGAAUUUCUUGUAUAGCACAAUGGGAACAGGAAACCUUCCACCUAUUACUCAAGAAGAAGCUUUGCAUAUUUUGGGCUUUCAACCCCCGUUUGAAGAUAUUCGCUUCGGUCCUUUCACAGGAAACACAACGCUGAUGAGGUGGUUCAGGCAGAUCAAUGACCACUUCCACGUCAAAGGAUGCUCGUAUGUUCUUUACAAGCCUCAUGGGAAGAACAAAACAGCUGGAGAAACUGCUUCAGGUGCCUUGUCUAAGUUAACGCAUGGGCUGAAAGAGGAAUCCCUGGCUUAUAUAUAUCAUUGCCAAAACCAUUAUUUCUCACUGAUUGGCUUUGAAGCAACACCCGUUAAGGCAAAUAAAGCUUUCAGCAGGGGGCCCCUCUCAUCACAGGAAGUCGAAUAUUGGAUCCUAAUUGGAGAAUCUAGUCGGAAACAUCCUUCUAUUCACUGUAAAAAAUGGGCAGAUAUUGUUACUGAUCUAAACACCCAGAAUCCAGAAUAUCUAGAUAUCCGGCACUGACGGGGGCUACAGUACCAAAAAACAAAGAAAGUUGGUGGAAAUUUGCAUUGCCUCAUAUCGUUCCAGAAACUUCACUGGCAAAGAUUCGGCAUUUGGAAUUUUCCAUUUGGAACCAUAAGACCAGAGUCACAGCCUCUAUCACAUGGCCUGGGAAUUGCCAAAUCAGAGAGUGAGGACAACAUCUCCAAGAAGCAGCAUGGGCGGCUGGGCCAAUCUUUCAGCGCAAGUUUUCAUCAGGACUCAGCAUGGAGGAAGAUGUCCAGCAUCCACGAGAGGAGGAAUAGUGCUUACCAGGGCUACAGUGACUAUGACGGGAAUCACUGAGCUGCC